GAGUCCCUUGACCUUCAUCUUGACUUGAGCCUAGGUUAGCAUCAAACACAGAAGCCCAGAGGCAGCCAGCCGUACUCCACUGCUCCUACUCCUUUCCUGAGACCCAUCCCUGAUGUCAUACUGGGUAACUAUGACAACUUGUCAGGGGGACAGCUAGGCACCUCACAGAGGAGUCUGGAUGCCUCAUUUCGGAAGUGAGACUAGGAAGAGAAGAUGAACAAUUCCCUGGAUUAUCUGGCCUACCCUGUUAUCGUCUCUAAUCACAGGCAAAGCACAACCUUCAGAAAAAAACUGGACUUUGGCCACUAUCUAUCUCACAAGAAUAGAGUACAAAUAGUGAAGCCUACUGUUGAUACCAAACCUCCAGUGGCGCACACACAUCACCUUUUAAAAUUGAGCAAACUACAGGGUGAACAAAAGAGAAUCAACAAAAUCGAGUAUGAAAACAAGCAACUCUGUCAGAAGAUCGCAAAUGCCCAUCGUGGCCCUGCCAAGGUGGAUUGCUGGAAUGAAUAUUUUUCUAAGAGCUUAAACAGGGAAACAAGGAACCGCGAGCUACUGAGAAUCACCAUGGAAAACCAAGGCAUUCUGAAGAGGCUUGUUGAUCGCAAACCCCACUAUGACCGCAGGGCAUCUGAGAUAGACUGGCAGAAUUCAAGGCGCUAUAUCAGAAAUACCACGAGAUAUCUUCUCUCCCAAAAUGAAUAGGUUACUCACCCUGGAAAAGAUACAAGAGAAGGUCCUAGGAUUUCCUGGCUGCUUAGAAUCUUAAGACACUCCUGAGUGGCUGAAUGCUCAAUCUUCAGAUGCUUCAAUAAAGCUUGAACAUAAAAUGCAUAAGUUGCAUUCAGGGGACCCAAAGGCUUUACGUUCUCAUUCCAAAAUGGGGCAGGUAAAAGGAAAGAUGCAAUGAGCAUUUUUAUCUGGGGCUAUGAAGAGAAGUUUUAACGAGAGAGAGAGAGAAAUUAGAGAGAACUCUUUUAAACAUACACCAUCAUCACCAUCCCACGGAGGAAGAAAAGCUGGGGUGAGAUCAUCCAGCCACAAGUACACACUUCACAAUGGAAAACACAAUCACAUGACAACAUCAAGUGUCAGAAAACACGAAGAACAAAUGCCAUUAGUUCCUCUGUGAAUACACAC